AUGAAGUUGAUUUUUGAUUUCUCUAUCCUUCUUCUUCCGCUCUUAGCCUCAUGUUUAAACAAACAGGUCUACAUAGUAUACUUGGCUGAGCACAAAGGAAACAGUACAUUAUAUGAUAAAGAAGAGAUACAUCUCUCAUAUCUUUCAUCAGUAAAAGAAGCAAGGGAAGAAGUAAAAGAUUCUCUUCUAUACAGCUACAAGCAUAGUAUCAAUGGUUUCGCAGCAUCGCUCACCCCGGAUGAAGCUUUCAGACUAUCUCAAUUAAAAGAUGUGAUAUCUGUAGAUGAAAGCAACCCAAAUGAAUACUCUUUAGAUACUACAAGGUCAUGGGAGUUUUUGGGAUUAGGAGGACUAAAAGAGGAGAGGGCACAUACUUGGAAUCAAUUUAGUAUCGGAGAAGAAAUGCUCCGCAAAGCUAAAUACGGAAAGAAUAUUAUUGUUGGAAUCGUUGAUACUGGUAUAUGGCCGGAAUCAGCGAGUUUUAGGGAUGAGGGGAUGGACCCCAUUAAUCCAGACUUAUGGAAUGGAAUAUGUAAAGCUGGACUUGGUUUUGCUUCCUCACACUGUAACAAGAAAAUCAUUGGAGCUAAAUACUAUUCUAAGGACUUUGAGGAACGCUUUGGCACAAUAAAUGCCUUGGAGAACCCCAAGUCACCACUUGACAUCAAUGGCCAUGGAACUCACAUAGCCUCAAUCCUGACUGGCCAAAAUAUUACGGGUGCAGAAGCCUUGGGAGGAUUUGCACACGGGACUGCUUCUGGUGGCGCUCCAAUGGCUUACCUUGCAAUAUACAAAGCAUGUUGGGCUCCACCUAAUAAACGAAAAGCUAGCAUAGCCAUUUGUCACCCAGCAGAUAUUCUAGCUGCCAUUGACGAUUCUAUUAAAGAUGGCGUUCACAUUUUAAGUAUAUCUCUUGGGGGAGAAAGUCCGCUUCCAUAUGAACUAGACCAUCUAUCCAUGGGUGCACUUCGUGCCGUGAAAAACGAUAUUGUGGUGGUGUGUUCUGCUGGGAACCUUGGCCCAAACUCAAGAACAGUGAAGAAUGUGGCACCUUGGCUUAUUACUGUAGGCGCUAGCACCAUAGAUCGAAAAUUUUCUGGGCCUCUAAUAUUAGGUAAUGGCAAGGAAAUCAUGGGACAAACAGUAACUCCGGAUGAGCUGGUGAAUAUGUAUCCAUUAGUAGAAGCAAUAGAUGUUGAAAAUUCCAAUGCUGACGAAGAUGAAGAAGGACAAUGCCUUCCUGGCUCUCUUUCACCUGAAAAGGUUAAAGGAAAGAUAGUGUUAUGUAAUAGUGGAAUGGGCCGAAGAAUGGAAAAAGGUGCAGAGGUAAAAAGGGCUGGGGGUGUUGGUUUCAUCCUUGAAAAUAGUCAAAAAAUGGGCGAGAAGGAUUUUCAAGUUGAUGCACAUCUUCUUCCAGCUAUUGCAUUAAGCUUUUCUGAUGCGACGAAUGUCUUGGAUUACAUCGAUUCUGUUGAUAAUCCAAAUGCAACUAUUAAAAAAGCAAAGACGGUGAUACACAACGGACCAGCACCAUCAGUGUGUAGUUUUUCAAGUAGAGGUCCAAAUAUCAUCGAUCCUUACAUUCUUAAGCCUGAUAUCAUAGCUCCGGGUCUGAAUAUAUUGGGAGCGUGGAGUGAGGCGUUAUCCCUUACCAAGGAAUUCGAUGACCACCGAAAGGUCAAGUUUAAUAUUCGUUCUGGGUCUUCUGUGGCUACCCCUCACGUGGCUGCUGUAAGUACCCUUCUCAAAGCAAUACAUCCAACCUGGAGUAGUGCUGCUAUAAAAUCUGCUCUCAUGACUACAGCCUCGCAGAGAAAUAAGAAGGGUUACCUAAUAACCGAUUACGAUGGACGUCUUGCAAGCCCCUUUGCAUAUGGAUCUGGUCACCUCCGGCCAGAAAAGGCAGCAAAUCCCGGGCUAGUGUAUGAUAUUUCUUAUAUAGUCUACCUUAUCUACCUUUGUAGUGGAGGAUUGAAAGGUAUCAAUGCAUUAAGAAAAUUCGAUGAAAAUUUUGAUUGUCCAGAUAAACUAAUCCCAUCAUACAAUCUCAACUAUCCAUUACUAGUACUUCCACAUAUAAGUGGCACUAUAAUAGCUAAGAGGACAGUCACCAAUGUUGGAAACUCUAAUAGCGUCUAUGUCUUUGAUGUCAUUAAGCCAUUUGGGUUCAUGGUGACAGCCUCUCCCAAAAAAUUGGAGUUUGAUCAUCUUGGACAAAAGAAAAGUUUCAAAAUUAAAGUGACUCCAAUCAGCAUAAAUACGUGGCAUCUUAAAGGAAAUUAUUCAUAUGGGUGGUACAGUUGGAUUGAUAGUUCUCAUGACUAUGAGGUGAUAAGUGUUUUGGCAGUUUCUUAUGUUAUCUUCAAGGUACUAUAUAAAGAACCAUAUUAAGGAGCUUCUUUUGCAAUAACCGUGA